AUGUUUCUUCUCCUUCAACAUGCUUAUCAUCUAGAUCCCGAUCGGCUGCAUCAACAUCGAACAAUGCACUAUAACACUCAGGAACAAUCGCCGCAACCGUACAUACAGGGAUUCGGAAUAAGUACAUUAACGAAUGAUAUGAAUCACCUGCAACAAUUACCCUACAUGAGGCUACAUGUAAAAAUACUCGUAUAUUUGAUAUAAUACACUGAAC